ACAAAACCAAAAGGUUGUAAAUCUGGUUAAUUUGAUAUGUAAAUGAGUCCUUCCGGCAUUCAUGUCAACAAAACAGUCAUCUUCUUUAUCUUGACUAUCACAGUCAUAAUUGUUGUUUAUAAGAACUACAAAUACAUAGGGACAUUUCUGAAGUCCGAGGAAAAGAAAGAGGGGAUGACCUCAAUACCCCAGGAUGCUCUUGACAAGGCCAAAACCUUAAAAGUAGAAGAACGUAAGGUGAAAGUAGAGAUAAAAGAUGGCAAGAGUGUUGCGAUAGUGGUGCGUGAGGUCGUUCCAUCAUUAGGGGCAGGUGACAUUCUAUUCCUGCAUGGACAGGCAUUCUCAUCAAAGAACUGGGAGGAGAUACACACCCUGACAAUCUUUACUGCUCUUGGAUAUCACCCGGUGGCAGUGGAUUUACCAGAUGGUGAGUCCCAGGAAGAUAAUGUUUAUAAACAGCAGUUGUAA